CAUCUCUCUCAUUUUUUCGGGAAGCAUUUGUAGAGGCGCUGCAAGCAGUAUCGCGCAAAACCGCGGGAAAUUUGAACUGACGCAUUGCCGAUUUUAUUCCGUUCGAAAAGCCAGCAUUGUUUUAUGAGAAACUUUGCAUUUUUGACGAACGGAAAAUUUCCUCUCUGAUUAAUGUUGUCUUCAUUGACAAAUUUUCAUCAAGGAAAAUUUUCAGAUAUCAAAAAUGCAAAGUUUCUCAUUUAUUCAGGAAGGAAAUAGGAAAUGUAAAACUACAUCUAUUUGAUUCAUACGUAUAUUUCAGCUUAAAACAUAAAAAAAUCAUAGCACAAUUUAAGUAAGCAACAAAUCAAUAAUUGAUAGAUGAAUAUGUAGAAGGUAUAUAUACAGUUAAAUUUCAUUUUUAUAUUUAUAUACAGUUAAAUAUCAUUUUUUCAUUUAUAUACAAUUAAAUUUCAUUUUGAAACAGAUUCCUCGUUCAACACUUGGUGAAACAUAAUUUCAAUAUUCAUAAAGGAAGAAAAGAAACGUUUAUUUUACAAAUGUAUACGAGGUAGAUCGAAAAAUAUGUGAAAAUGAUGAAUUUGAAUAUAUAUAGGUAAAUUUCAUUUUACAAAUAAAUGGAACGUAGAAGGGAAAAAAAUUGUGAAAUUAAUGAAUUAGAAAUUUUUUAAUGCUGAAAAAUAUUCAUUUUCCUCUUGAUUGAUCUUUUUUCUUUUCUAAUUUCAUUUUUUUCACAAUUUUUUCGCUUACACCACCAGGGAAUUCCUAUUCUGCAUAAUGAUUUUAAAAUAAUUUUUUUUGAGUCGACCAAGUGAUCAGGGCAUCCGAGGUGUCCAAAGUCAAGAAUUUUGGCCAGAUGAUUUUCGGAUUUUACCAUAAUUAGUGGAUGUGAGGCAAACUGAUUCAGAAAUUCCUCUAAUUCAUUUAUACCACGUCCAAUAAAUUUGGUAAAAUCCUCACUUGGAUAUAUCAACUUAGAUUUAUCAUCUGACCACUCUUUAAAUGAAAUAAAUGUGUUAUGGUAAUCCAAGUUAGUAGAAACUAACUUGGACUCACACAGAACACAUUUAAUUUUUUUCCGAAGUCCCUUGAUGAUGUAGCCUGCAACAUAAGCUACAGAAAACGUGUUAUGAUUUGCAGAAGAAACUUCAUCUGCUAUAUGUGAUGAUACAUAAUCAGUAUCAACCGAUUCUUGUACCACAGAAGCAGAUGAUGUUCCUUCCCCAGGAUCAUUUUCCUUCACGUUCACAUUUAUAAACGCUUUUAAAUUAGAAAUGAGGGCAAAAUCAUCAUCUUCACAAUUUUUUGCUAUAAAGGCCUGAUUGGUCAGACCGUUCAAAAUUUGCGACUUGAGGCUGCCAAUAAAUUGUGGUACAGUGGGAUUGUCCCCACAUCCACAGCCAUACCUAAUAGCACCAAACAAAUUUUCCAAUGGGUCCUGAUUUAAUUGUCUUGGUGCUAAUGAAGUGAACCCUUUUUUUUAAAGUCAGCCAGAUCUGCCUUAUGGCUUGAAGGGAUAUCUGCCAUCCUAUUUGUGAAGGAGGUUUGGUUUCCUUCAAGAAGCCAUUUUUAGAAAUUCUUUUAUACUUCCAGUUCUCCACUUUUUCUAUUGCCUGUUGCCAAUAGUGCAAAUGUGGAGAACCUUCAGUUACACAGCUCCUCUCAGUUUAUCUCUGCCCUGGAUAUUACACACCAAGAUAAUAAAUAAUCAAUAAGUAAUCAAUCUGUAAUCUUUGGUCAUGAUAUAAGAACACUUAUUCUUAUAUCAUGAUCUUUGGUCAUAAAGUGAGUCAAGUGUGGGUGUGUUCUGUGUCUUUGGUUUAGACGUUGUUCCUUUGUUUGUUUAAUAAAAACAGUAUCAUUCAAAUGCUAGAUCAAUCUGGGCAAAAGGAUUAUAAAAGGAAAGGUAAAGCAGUGAAGGGGCCAAAUAAUGAUCAAGAAGUACGAAAUUCUAAAUCUGGAUUGGUGCGUACCUUACAUGGAAAUAUUUAUCAGCUAAAGUUAUUAAUGCUGUUUGUGAAAAGAGGAUUAGAUAGAGGGUAUCUUUUUGAAUUAGCAACAGAAAUGGAUGCAGCUGAAGAGUUUGAUGAUUUGGUUUUUCAAUAUAAAAAGAAUAACGCAGAUGGAACGGAAGAAAAGGAUGAAUUCACCGGAAGGGAGGAGAUAUUUUCAGUAUUAAGAAACGCUCCUGAUUUACCUAAUCUAGCAAAGGGACUUGCUGAAUGUGUAUUAGAUGGUAAGUCUAUAAACGAUCAUAAUUCCAAAAAUGAUCGAGUAGGUAAUCUUUUCAAAUCAUAUCAAAGUGCGUUGAUAGACGAAGUUAUUGAUAAAGAAAGUUACAAACUAAGUGUUGAUUUCGUGGAAGGACAGCAACUGUCUUCAAGGGCUAAAAAUCUUCGAGCCGCUUUUAAAAAAGUAUUUGAUGAUCGGAGAAAGUCUUUUAAUUUAGAUGAUAAACCUCUUAUAACAAAUCCAAAAAGGUUUGCUCAGGAAAUUGCUGAACUAAUAAAAAGUCAACCUAAUAAGGUCAUUAAAAUUGAGCAAAGACAGUGGCAUGAUAUAAAGAAUAAUUUUCAAAAGUUAGCUGGUUAUGUAUUAAUAAAAAAAGAUAACAAGAUCAAGUUCAGCACAGCAUUUUUAUAUGAUCAUAAAUUGCCAGGUGAUUUAAAUCGUUUUAGAGAAGAGUUAAAAAUUGAGUUUCCGAGGCUUAACCUUGGUCAAUGCGAGUUUGAAACUUAUAAAGACUUCAAAACUUGUGAGGAAAUAUAUGUAGAUAAGGAUAAAUUUUGGGAAAAAAUAGAGGAAAAAGAAUUGACGUUGUUUAAGGAUUUUGGAAAGCGAGAUAUCAAUCUCCGAUCUACAGAAAAAUUUGUAGAAAAAUUUAUUUCUUUGCUAGAAGAAAGUAAAAAUCUAGUUGUAAAAAUAGAAGGAGCAGACCCAAUUAUUAACAAAAAUAUCCGUAAACUAGCCCAACAUGUAUUGAUUGAAAACGAAGACGAGAUUCGAUUUAGCUCAGAAUUUUUGAGCGAUACUCAACUACCAGGUAAUUUAAAUGAUUUUAGAUCUCAAUUAAAAGCUAAACUUAAGGAGCUCGAUUUUGAUUUGAACAUACUUAAAGAGUAUAAAUUUUAUAUCAGCAAUUUUCCUAAAUUUAACUUGCCAAACGAUAGUAUCGAAGAAAUAGAAGAAAAUAUAAAAGAUUUUUUAAAAAAAUUAAGGUUUGCAGUCAAUCAGCCAAAUGAAGGUAAGCUUGGUGAAAUGAUUAAAGACGAGUUGGGUAAAGAAUUUAACAAAAUUGAUAUAAAAAAUGUUUAUGGUAGGUUCUUGGAGAAAAUGCUGGAUUGGAUGAAAGCCAAAAAAGGAAAAUUUUUCUCACAUGAGGAAGGAAAGACUUUUUUUGAAGGAAUAAGGGAAGAUAUUUUAGGGACAAUUUGGUUUAAUAUGAAAGAUCCAGUAACGUUAUUCACUGGAAGAAAAAGAGAGUUAAGUGAUUUACAUAAAGCAUUGCAGCGAAACCAAGGUAAAAAUAAGGUUACAGUAAUAUCACAGAUGACCUCUAUUAGUGGUUUGGGAGGAAUAGGUAAAAGUGAAUUGGCUAGAAAGUAUGCUUAUGAUCAUUGGAAUGAUUAUGAUGGCAAUGUUAUAUGGAUAAAUGCUGAAUAUAAUGAUACUCUUAAAGACUCUUUUCUUAAUCUAGCUAGAGAUGAUAAAGUACGUAUUCCUAUAAUGGAUAAAGAUAGAAAAGAAAAGGAAAUAGAAGCUAUUGUUAAAGAGAUAUAUGGUUUUUUUGCAAAGAGGAAAAGUUUAUUUAUUUUUGAUAAUGCUGAAAAAAAUAAUGACUUGAUUAAAUUUUUACCACUUCAUGGUUUACCACCUAAUGCUAACAAGCCUUACCUUUUAAUUACUUCUCGUAUUAGAGAGUGGGAAGAAGAAAUAGAAGUGAUAGACCUAAGUGAAUUAAAGUUAGAAGAUGCAAUAGAAUUUGUGAAAACAGGGCUAGGUAUAUCUGAAGAAGAUGAGUCGCAAGACCAAGAGAUAAAAAAUUUAGUAGAAAAACUACAGCGUUUUCCUUUAGCUAUACAACAAGCAAUAGCAUAUAUUAAAGACCAGAGAUUAAUACUAAAAUUAUUUGGAAUUAAUGAUUAUUUGAAAGAAUAUGAAAAAAAGACAAAAGAUUUACUUGACUCGAACGUAUUUAGAGGAAUCGAUAAUCACUACGCCACAACAACUUUUACAACUUGGAAAAUUACAAUUGAUAAAAUAGCUAGUAAUGAACAACAUGGAGAAUUAGCUUUAAAGAUUUUGGAUACUAUUUCUUACUUUGCACCUGAAAACAUUAGUAGAGAAACAUUUUUAAGUUUAGCAGAAAGUGAAGAAAAGUUAAAGUUAGCUUCUAGGUUACUUGUGAAGUAUUCUAUGGUAAAUGGUGGGCAAGAGCAAAGUGUAUUAAGUAUUCAUAUUUUAGUGCAAGAAGUAAUAAGAAUAAAUUUAAAGGGUGUGGAUAGAGACCAAGAGGUUUUAAGAGAAGCACUAGGACUGUGGAGAGAUAAUAUUAAAGAAUGUGAUUUAGACCAUUCUAUGUCUGUUUGGUGUUAUGCAAGUAGUAACCAUGAAUUAGUGAAUGAAUUUUGCAAACUGCCGCGUAAGAUUGUCGACAAAUUAUUUGACGAUCGAAAAUAUAAUAAAGCUUUUAAAUUUGAGAAAGAGGCGUUGAAAUCGUUAAAAAUAUUAGGAGACGAGCACUUGGAAGUUGCUAUAAUGAAUCGAUAUUUAGCUAAUGCUUAUGGCGAUAGAGGUAAAUAUAAGAAAAAAAGGAUUCUUGAAGACGAGGUUUUACCUAUUCUUAGGAAAUGUCACCGCGAUGAACAUCUUGAAAUUGCUAGGACAGUGAAAAACUUGGGUGUCGUUUAUGGAGAUUUAAAAGAUCAUGAGAAACAAAAGAAGUAUCUGGAGGAGGCUUGCGGGAUUUUUGAGAAAAAACUUGGGAAGAACGAUAUUGAACUUGCUAAAGCAAAAAGAAACUUGGCUAAUGCUUAUGGCGAUUUUGGUAGAUAUGAGGAAAAAAGGGCGAUUCUUGAAGACGAGAUUUUACCUAUUCUUGAGGAACAUCACUCCAAUAAACCUGUUGAAAUUGCUAGGACACUGAGAAACUUGGGUGUCGUUUAUGGAGAUUUAGAAGAUUAUGAGAAACAAAAGAAGUAUCUGGAGGAGGCUUGCAAGCUUUUUGAGGAAAAUCUUGCGUAUGACGAUAUUGAACUUGCUAAAGCAAAAAGAAACUUGGCUAAUGCUUAUGGCGAUUUUGGUAGAUAUGAGGAAAAAAGGGCGAUUCUUGAAGACGAGAUUUUACCUAUUCUUGAGGAACAUCACUCCAAUAAACCUGUUGAAAUUGCUAGGACACUGAGAAACUUGGGUGUCGUUUAUGGAGAUUUAGAAGAUUAUGAGAAACAAAAGAAGUAUCUGGAGGAGGCUUGCAAGCUUUUUGAGGAAAAUCUUGCGUAUGACGAUAUUGAACUUGCUAAAGCAAAAAGAAACUUGGCUAAUGCUUAUGGCGAUUUAGGUGGUUAUGAGAAAAAAAGGGCGAUUCUUGAAGAAGAAGUUCUUCCUUUUCUUAAGAAAAAGUAUGGCGAUGAAGUUGCUAAAGCAAAAAUGAACUUGGCUGAUGCUUAUGGCGGUUUAGGUGAUUAUGAGAAAAAAAGGGCGAUUCUUGAAGAAAGAGUUCUUCCUUUUCUUAAGAAAAAGUAUGGCGAUGAAGUUGCUAAAGCAAAAAUGAACUUGGCUGAUGCUUAUGGCGGUUUAGGUGAUUAUGAGAAAAAAAGGGCGAUUCUUGAAGAAAGAGUUCUUCCUUUUCUUAAGAAAAAGUAUGGCGAUGAAGUUGCUAAAGCAAAAAUGAACUUGGCUGAUGCUUAUGGCGGUUUAGGUGAUUAUGAGAAAAAAAGGGCGAUUCUUGAAGAAAGAGUUCUUCCUUUUCUUAAGAAAAAGUAUGGCGAUGAAGUUGCUAAAGCAAAAAUGAACUUGGCUGAUGCUUAUGGCGGUUUAGGUGAUUAUGAGAAAAAAAGGGCGAUUCUUGAAGAAAAAGUUCUUCCUUUUCUUAAGAAAAAGUAUGGCGAUGAUCACGUUCAAGUUGCUAAAGCAAAAAUGAACUUGGCUGAUGCUUAUGGCGGUUUAGGUGAUUAUGAGAAAAAAAGGGCGAUUCUUGAAGAAAAAGUUCUUCCUUUUCUUAAGAAAAAGUAUGGCGAUGAUCACGUUCAAGUUGCUAAAGCAAAAAGAAACUUGGCUAAUGCUUAUGGCGGUUUAGGUGAUUAUGAGAAAAAAAGGGCGAUUCUUGAAGAAGAAGUUCUUCCUUUUCUUAAGAAAAAGUAUGGCGAUGAAGUUGCUAAAGCAAAAAUGAACUUGGCUGAUGCUUAUGGCGGUUUAGGUGAUUAUGAGAAAAAAAGGGCGAUUCUUGAAGAAGAAGUUCUUCCUAUUUUUAAGAAAUGUUAUCGCGAUGAUCACGUUCAAGUUGCUGAAGCAAAAAGAAACUUGGCUAAUGCUUAUGGCGGUUUAGGUGAUUAUGAGAAAAAAAGGGCGAUUCUUGAACACGAGGUUUCACCUAUUCUUAAGAAAAAGUCUGAAUUUGAUAAUUCGAAGUUGAAAUCGAAGUUGAAAUCGAAGUCGCAAAAAAAUCUUAGUAAAGCCUAUGAAAAAUUAGGAUAUCCUCUUCAUGCAGCUGUUAUUUGUGGUAAUAAGGAUAAAGUAGAAGAAGAACUUAAGAAACAUGAUGUUAAUCGUCAAACAGAUGAUUUGGUCACACCAUUACACCUAGCUGUUCGAGAUGGUCAUUUAGAUAUUGUAAAACUACUAGUAGAGAAACAAGCAGAUCCUGAUAUUGAAGAUAAAAAUGGAGAAACUCCUUCAGGGCUAGCUAACAAGCAGUUGAAUCAAAAUACACAAAUUUAUCAAGAAAUUAUAGAUAUUUUUAAGUCAAAAUCUAUUAAUCAAUAA